UGUAGUUUAUAUGUCUUUGCAGUUGCAUUAAAACAGAUAAGGGAUAUCAGUGAGUGGACCACAUUGCUUUUUAUCUAUAUUUUUCUCCCAGUUACAUUACAUUAGGGAAGUGACUUGCAUCUUUCCACCAUGCUGGCCGUUCGGUCUUACAGCGUACGUAUGAAAAAGAGAAAUCGUGAAGCGGAAGCUUCUUUUAGAAGAAGUCAAUAUAGAAGAAAGGUGCAUACAGGCACACCUCUUCAUUCGCCAGCUAAGAGAACUGUCAGUUCUUCAUCAGCUCCAACUCCUGUCACCAAGAGCGAAAACAUCAUUACGGAAAGUAAAGAUGAGGAGUGUGAGAAUGAUGCAAAAAUUUCCAAUAGUGAAAAGAGAGAAAAAAGUGAUGAUAAAACUGAAGUUUCCAUACAGGAACAAAAUAAUAAAGAUACUAUUGUAUCCUUCGAUCCUUCGGUUAAGAGGUAAGAUAAAUUAUUAAAUCUCGUAUCUCUGUAGACCCUUUUAAUCUCCAUCUAAUUAGUAUAUAU